AUGAAAACAGUUGGGCGGCUCAGACAGCUCCCUGCCUCACCUGCCACGGGCCUCCCUGUGUCCUGGCUCUCCCGAUGCUGCUGUCCCCUCCGUCUCCCUUCCUGGCCCCUGGCACCCCAGGGCUCCUGGAGGUGCUGCUCUCAGAGCCACAAGGCAAGUAUGAAAGAGCAGACCAGCUUCACAGGCAGUGGGAAGAUGAGGUCACCCCCCAGAGUAAAUAGCACCAAGGGUGGGGGUGGACGGUCUGGCCCUGAGGAGCGGCUGGAGCAGCAGCAGGAGCUGUACCAGGCCCUACCGGAAGGGCAAGAAGGGGCCUGGGAAGCCCAGGCCCUGGUGCUCAAGAUCCAGAAGCUGAAGGAACAGAUGAGGAGACACGGAGAGAGCCAGAAAGGAGACACCUAAGCUUUCCACCAGUUCCCACUUCACCCUCCAGCACUGGAAAUACUGCCCACCACUCCCCUGAGCCCUUCCAUCAGAAAGAUCCCAGCCUCUCCCAGGCCACUAAGAAAAACGGAAGACAGCUCCACAAAGGGCCAGAAAUUGGA